AUGCCACUGAGGAAUGAGAUGCAGUUCGAAAAGCUAGUUGAUGAAGCUACAGUAAAAAAGGAUUUCCGAUCCUUAGAACAAUUUCUGGCCACAGAAGAAUGUGAAAAUGUCUCUCAUAAAUGCAGCAAACAGUUUGUCAACAAACUGGACAAGCUUCUGUGUUGGGCACUUGACAAACAAGAAGUCAAAAUCAUUUCUACUUUACUAAAUGCUGUUCAGAAAUGUGGGGAAAAAAUCGUCAUAGCAGGAGAAGAUGGGCUCCCAGCAAUGAUAAAACACGGUCUUGUUGGAAGGAUGGUCAAUUGGUUUGAAAAGUUAAAAGGAAUUUUAGUCCUCAGAGGAAAUGAAGAUAAUGAAAUGCUUACAAAUCUGGCUGAAGAUUUCUUCAUCAUGUUGCUGGUUGUGUGUGAUAGCAGACCUGAAGGUAAAAUGCAAAUACUAGAGAACUUUGUUCUGAGAACAUGUUCCCUCAUCACUGAUACAAGAAUUAAUAUUUAUGUUCAGCAGGAGGUAAUAAAAAAACUAAAUGCAUUGCUUGACAAGAUGCCUCGAGAUGCCAGGAAAAAGAUGCUUUCUACAAAGGAGAUGUUACUUGUCAUGGGUGAAAUGGGGAGGACGAUUUUGGAUGCUGGAGACUAUGACAUGCAAGCGGCCAUCACAGAAGCUCUGUGCAGAAUGGUGUCAGAGAAGCAAAGGGGACUUCUGGCCUCCCAGUGGUUUCCCAUGGAGUUUGUGUCCACUGCAUUUAAAGGAAUUAAAGAUUCGGAGUUUGAGACAGAUUGCAGAAAAUUUCUUAACCAGGUGAAUGGCAUGCUUGGAGACAAAAGGAGGGUUUUUACAUUCCCAUGUUUAUCAGCAGUUCUUGAUAAGUAUGAGCUGCAGAUACCAUUGGAUGAAAACCUGGAAGAGUUUUGGAUUGAUUUCAACAUUGGCAGCAAAAGUAUUUCCUUCUAUGUGGCAGCAGAUGAUGCAGAUCUUCAGUGGGAAACAGUUAUUAUACGAGAUGAUGAUGUCAGCAUGUACAGCCUGGAAGAAAAAGAUUCAAAGAAAUUAUUAACAAUUGAUCUAAAAAGGCCAAUGAUUGUGGGCACUAUUGAAGGAGGGAAAGUUCUUUUAUAUUUUGAUUCUAUCUUGGAAAUCAAAGAUGUGACCAUAAAGAUUUAUGGAUUUCAUAAAUGUAAGGAUUUCAGCAAGAAGCAGUCUGCAUCAGUAGCCAAAACAACUGUCCACGUUGUCUUUGAUGAAAGUGGAUCACAGGUUCUGCUACCAGAAAGUCUGUUGUCACCAGGUUUGAAAGGAAAAUCUGGAGAGGAGGAGAAACUCAGUAAAUACAAAACUCAGCAACCUCCUGGUAGUUUGAGGACUCAGAGUAAAAACAACAGCCAAGAAAAACUCAGAGGUGAUUCCUCCAAGGUAACUCCAUCCCGUAAAAGGAAAGUGUCUGAAGCAAGUGUGCUUAUUCCUAGAACUACAAGUGUGUCCACAAGGAGUCCACUGUCUUUUGUCAGCACAUCCACUCCUUUUAAAGGGAGAUAUAAAUUGCCUUUGGAAAUGACCAGGUCUACUAAGAUGUCUGACAAUGAUGCAAUAAAUGAGAGCAGAACAAAGAAUUUCCAUCAGGAACCUCCUGGAAGUGGGCAGAGAUGCACAGUAGACAAUGAAUUUUGUGAAACAGACCAGAUCAAGAAAUCAGGUACCAGGCAAAAAUACAUGGGAAGGUACUGGAACAGCACUUCCAUGAAAUGAGAAAAAGGAAGAAUGUUUGAAGAAGUCUCAAAAAUUGUACAAGAGGCCACAGAAAAGCAAACUUUGGAUGAAGUAUUAGAUAUUGUUCCUGAUUCUCAGCCAGUUGGGAGAAGUAACAAACCUUUGCUGCCUGGUCUUUUGGAGACUUCUUUUGAUAAAACUGAAACAUGGAAAAAAAGAACAUUCCCUCUUCCUGAGCAGGAUAUAACAACUGAGGACAAGCAAAAGCCAAAUCCAUCACUGGCACAUGUAUCCCAUCCAGGUGAUGGUCACACUUGUGAUACCAUUCUCAGUGGAGAGUGUGUUGAUCAUUUGGAACAGAAAUCGUUAAAUACAGAAGGGAAAAAUAUUGAAAUUACUGAACGGUUUAAAACAUUUCUUUCAGCCGGAGUGUCUGACACAUCUUUGCAUUCUGAUCUUGCACAAGAGGACCCUGAUGUUCUCCUCAGAAAAGAGACUGCAAAUCCAAAACAGUCAAAGACAAAACCAAAGUCUAAAGAAAUGGCAGAUACAGCCAAAUCACUGAUCAGUAAAAUCAGUGACAGAUACAGAGACAAGAGCAGUGAGAAGAGCAAAGCAAGAGAUUCCCUGUGCUUUAACAGGACACAUUUAAAUAAAUCCUGGAUCUCCAAGGAAGAAGUUCAGGACAGGACCACAAAAACUGCUUCUUUCCUCAAUAUAACUACUAGUCAUGUUCUGGAUGAUGCCUACAACUUUAACAUCAGCGGGUUUGAUGGGCCUACAAUCAAGCUUGGCAUCCAAGAAUUGCAUGUGACUGAACUGAGUGUUCAUUCAGAGAUAAACAAAAAAGGGAACACAACCAUCAGUAAAUCCAGCACAGAAGGGAAGGGAGGAAAAAAGACUAGAAACAAUAGAGACAAGAAGCAUCUCUUUAGUGAUUCAGACACAGAAAACAAAGGGGAUGACAACAAGACAGAGAUUAGCUGGCUGGAGGAAUCCAAGAGGAAACCUAAAGCCCGGAUAAUCGACUACAGUAGAAGUAAAAAAUCAGGGAAACAAAUGAGCACAAACAAAACAGCAGAUAAAUCCUCUAAACCUGCUUACCACAUGGAUAAAGCUAAAGACAAAAAUACAAAUAAGAAAAAGAUAAACAAAUAUAAACCACAGAAUUCAAAAACAGAUGAAAUGAUAGUAAAAUCCACCAGAAUAAAACUCCCUCGAAGAGCAGCAGCAACAAAAAAUUACAAAGAGCCUUCUAGUUCUGAGUCUGAGAUUGAAGAAAACAUUCCAACAUGCACCUUUAAGGAGGAGAAAUCCAAAAUACAGAAACAUAUUAAUGGGGCAGACAAGGAUUACAAGUUGCCAAAGGUUCUGCAGAUUGUACCUGUGGAGCCAAAGAGAGUGGAUAGCUAUGUGCAGAAAGCACUGGUCAAAUCCAGGAAUUCUGCAGAGCAGAAAGAAGUGGAAAUGCCUUCAGCUGAGAGCCCUGCCUCCAUUGAGACAAUAAGAUGUGCUGAGAGAGUGUCAGGAGAUGUCAGUCCAGAGCACAGCUCCAGUGAGAGGUUGAGUCUGCAGGACUCAAUACCAGAAGACAGGGAAAUGCUAAACUCUGAAAAAGGAAGCUCUCCCAAUAAUUUCUGUCCACAAAACAAGAGUAUGGAAAGUCUGGAUGUAAUUCAGAGCCCUGAGAGAGGAGUUACAAAGUUGACAUUUGGAAGGAAAAGCUUCUCACCAGUUUUAACUGAAGAAUCUUUGCUCAGCUUAACCACGUUUAAAACUGUCAGUGGCAAAAAUUCCAAGGGAACCGCUGAAGAAGCCUGUAAGAAUGAAGAUUCAAGUUUCCAAUGUUGCUUUUCAGACACGUUUUCUGUUAAAGGAAAGCUUCAGGAUAUCACUAAACCUGUCCCCAAAAAUAAGGAAGAGGAUUGUGUAGCACCAUCCCCAUUGUGUGCUUCCAGCAGGAGUAGAGUACAGCCUUGGACUAAAGAACCUUAUUCCCUCAUGAAUGAGUCAGGACCAAGCGUACAGACAUUCUUCAAACGAACUUAUCACAGUUCCACAGAAAGCAGCUCUGACGAGGCAGAAACAAGCAAAGAGGAGAAAAAGAAAGGAAGGAGAAGAAAAAGUUUACAGCCCAAAAAAUUAUUUAAAACAGAUGAUGAUGCUGCUUACAGAGUGUCUGAAAGUAUCUCCACUCAAUCUGUAAAUGACCUGUCUGGUUUGGAUGGGGAAUUCUGGGGGCCUGAUUGCUCAACCAUCAGCAUUUGUCAACAGCUCCAGAAAGAAUUUACCAAGAAAAUUGAGAACCGCUCCCGGAAAAUGGAUAAUUUUAAUAAGCAAACACUGAAAGCUGCCCAUGAGCAUUUGGCAACAGUGAGUUACCAACUCCAUGAAUGCAGGAUCAGGCAGUUGGACAAAUUUCAUUUUACUCUCACUGAGGAACUUGAGAAGUUUGAAAAGGACUCUCAGUCCCUGAAGAUCAUGGAAAAAGAAUUCUCGACCUUUUGGAAAAAGCAUUCCCACACUUUUAGUACGUACAUGAAGAAUGAGCAGCAGAGAAUUCAGAUUCUGAAAACUUCCUUUGAAAAGAAUAUCUACCAUUCUGUUGACUAUGAAGAAGAUGUUUUUACUUCAGAGAUGCAUCUGUUGAAAGAAGACAUAAAAGGACUCCAAGAGAAAUUUCUGAAAGAAACGCAAGAAGAGGAGCUGUGUAACGUUCGCAGGGGAUUGCAGACCUUGUUUCAAUCAAAGGCAGAAUUCUGAAAUGAUUUUUCAGAUUCCUUCCUGAAAUUCAAGUGGAAGUGUGUAUCCCUGCUGAACAGGACGUACUGUACGUGGAUUAUAGUCAACUUUAGUUUGUAGUUAACCGUGGCUCAUCUG